CUCUCUCACUCUUCUCUCUCUCAAUAUUUGGUACUGAAGCAGAGUUAAUGGCAGCCAAAUCGAAGAGCGUUCAGGUGAUCGGGAAGCACAUAGUCAACGGCGUUCGUUCACGCUCUUUCUCACGCGCCGUCGCAUAUGGUCUCUUCACGUCUCGGAAUAAUCACACAUCAGGGUAUGAUAAGAACGUAGAGGAAGAAUUGCAGUCGAGUCAAGUGCCGGAUGAAUUGAUAAAGCCCGACUCUGACAAAUAUUGGUCUCCUCAUCCUCAAACUGGUGUUUUUGGACCUUCCUCCUCCUCGACCGACACAAAGGACGAAUUUCGCGGCGGUCAGGAGGACUCAGUGAUGGAGGAGAAAGCUUGGUUCCGUCCAACAAGUCUCGAGGAUUUGGACAAGACUCACCAUUCAUAAGCAAACAAACUCUUUCAGUAUUUCUUUUGUGUGUUGUUUUCCAAAUGUUACGAUAAAAUUUGAAGUAAAAC